CGCAGUUUAAAACUCUGAACAAAAAUACUCACGCCGCUACAUUAACUUUUAGGAAGGGUUUAAACUAAUUUUGCUGUCAGAGAUCGAUAGUAAUGGUGAACAUAUUCAUAGCAUAUAUCAGAACAUACUCUUUUGGAUAAUUGCGUUAGUUUUAGCUCGCUGCGAUCUUGCCGUGUUCAAUCUUUUUCUAUGUCACUGGCUAGUGACUUAUCCUAACCUGUCUUUUUGAUAUAUUUGAUUUCUUUUUCUCAAGGAAUUCAAGAGCACCCAGAAGGAUUUCAGGGAAUGAUCAAUGAUCGACUUCAAUAUUACUGGAUCACACUCAAAACCGCGUACUCGUGGGUCUCGUGGUACAUCGAAGAACAUGGUGAUGAGAUUUAUGAUAUCAUUGACUGGAGUAUGGAUUUCAUGUUUGAUGAGAAAAUCAGAGAACAAGGUAUCAAUCCCGUCAUUCUUGAGGAACUGCGUCAGAAACGAUUGAACAAAUUUGGCGAGUUCUUGGUGAUCAUCAUAAUGAUCGCUGUGUGCCUGAAGAUGAUUCGAAACGCUACCAAGAGAAGCUUCUACGAGGAGCUUAAAUUCCGUCAAAGAGAAAGGCAAAGGAAAGAAUUCCUUAGAAGCCGGGAGAAGAAUUUGUCGGAAAACUGGAACGUCACCAUAGCAACCAGCCACACAAAAGGUGCUGGGCGCGGGCGUGGACAGCGGAAAUCUCAUUAGCGUUCUUUCGGAAAACUUCUUGUAUUAUUUUAUUUUGUCUCGUAAUGUGAAACAUUAUGUGUAUUUUUAACGUUCUACUGUGACAAACACUUUAUGUAACUGGAAAAUAAAUUUGUUCUUGAUAACAGGAUAUCGUUAUUUAUCUAAGUUAGUCCAUAUUGUAACCUAUUUCCACGUUUACCAUCCUUCGCUUUCCCAUUUUUUCUCGCAUUUCUCGUUAGCCUUACGGUUACCUUUCCCGAAAAAAAAAAUCAGAGAGCGCUUUCUUCGAUUUUUUCUUUCGGGGUGGGCGGCUGUAGCACCAGCUGUUUCUCGCACGCUUCUUUAGCGUUCGUAGAGCAGUACUCGAAAAAUAAAGGGGAUCUUUCAGUGUCAUGAAGAAAAACCAAAAAAAAAACCAAGGAAAUUAACUCACUCAAUAAGUACUUUUGAAUCUGAUUUAACUUUGUCCCUCAGUCAAAAUAAGCCAAGUCACUUAAAAUGUGUACACGAUUAAGUUUACACGAUCGUAAAAAUCCCAGAAGAGUCUCCCCCCCUCUCAGGCAAGUAAUUCUCCCGUUAUGGAACUCAUCUGUCCGGUAGAAGUCCAUUAAAUCUGUAUAUUUUCAUUUAAAAGCCACCCGUACGCUCAUAAACGUUGCCUUCGUCUGAAAAAAAAUUCUGUUCACUCCAGCCAUUACUACUAAUAAGAAAAGAAGGUCAAGGAAGAGUUGAUUUGAUUCUUUAUUACAUUGCUUAUUUCACUGAUUAUUGGAGAAGCAUCGAAUUUCUUAUUAUCCAAAUCAUUACUACCAAGAGAAGAUGAAAGGUAAGACUGAAUCACUUAUUACUAAGGUAAUACAUUUCAAGCUAUUUUCAGAUCAGUUCUGGCUUCAGGGAUACCAGGAGGGUCUGGAGAUUAAUCACGUGGUCAGCCCCAUGUGGCUUUGCUUACAUUCUCAUCCUCUCCCGCGUUACGCGCGUGGUGACAUUAACGCGCAACGACUGGAUACCAUAUUUAAAAUGAACCUUUUAUAGAGCUAGGGAUUACCUUGGAAUCCACGGUAGGAAAAAAAGAUGGCGGCUGUACAUUUUACCAAAAUGCCUUGCGAACUUAACACAGCC